CAGUGUCAGAAUAUCCCAGGCGCAGUAAUUUAGCACUUCCAUCUGAUUGACAGGCUGAUUAACAUGGCUUCAUCUGCAGAAGAGUGCAGGUUUUUGGACGAUUUAAGAAAGAAACGAGUUAAAAUAAGUUUGUCAGAGACUCAAAUCACUGGCGUUAUCCAGCGGAUCCACCCGAAGAAGACUGUGAUUUUAGAGGACGUAUCUGAGGUGAAAAGUGGACGGAAAUUUCCAGGCGUCAAGCUGAUUUUCGGACACGAAAUAGUGAAAGUGGAUUUCAUCAGUUCUGCUAAUGGAGACCUUGUUUAUGAAGAGCACAAGUCCGAGUUCAACUCUUUCAGGAGGAAGAUCAUCUUGGAUGGUGAUGAACACGACAUCAAAUAUGUGGUGAUCGAUGAGCUUCAUGAGAAGUUCGGCCCAGCAGUCAUGCACAUCAAAGAACAAAAAGUGAUCGGAAUCGGUGCGGAUGUUUUUGGACAGACUGCUCAAGAGAGGCUUUGCUGGUUGCAGGUUGCUACUAAGAAAGUCGUGUACCUGUUUGAUAUCCUCUUGCUGGGCGGACAAGCUAUAAAAAACGGACUGUCCAUGAUUAUGGAGAAUCCCCACAUUCUGAAGGUGGUUCACGACUGCCGCUGCAUCGCCAGAUGCCUGAGAGCCGAGUUUAAAGUCAACCUCACCAACGUCUUUGACACGCAGGUCGCUGAUCUCAUGCUCUUCUACAGCGAGACCGGCGGUUUCCUCCCGGACCGGGUCAGCAGUCUCCAAGAGGUGCUCCGACUUCACCUCAAACUCCCCACUUCUGACCUCUUACCUCUCUGGUCUAAAGAACUCCACACCAAGGAGUGUCCUGAGGUCUGGUACAUCCGUCCGUGUCCUCCUGCGCUGAUGAGUUUGAUGGCCGCUUCCGUCCGGCACCUUCUCCCGCUGCGCCUGCUGCUUCUGGAUGCUCUCAUGUCCGAUUACACUGUUCUGGUGGAUGCAUACAUGAGCAGCUACCAGAACCAGUCUCUUCACUUCGACCAGGAUGAUUCGACACUCCCUAAGGAAGCAGAAGAGCUGCUGUCGGUGAGGCGGGAGCGUCGGGAAUGGGCCGCGCAUCACUAUUCUCUGACUGACCGAGGCCUUCUGGAUCGCUCCAGCUUUAAACCCUCUCCUCACGUCAAAACACACACCGACUCCAUCUAACAUGUGUUGACAUUUCUUCCAUAAAUCAGUAAAGUUCUGUUAAAAACUGAUGAACCUGUUAGAACUCAUCGUACAUCUGUCUGUUCAGUUUGAUAAAAUUGAGCACGUUUGUAAUAUUAUUUGAAAAAGAAUUUAUUUUUGUGCAGUAUGUUGGAAUUCAUUAGGUUGCUUUUUUUUCCCUUCACUUCUACAAUAUGUAAAUAUAAAGCUCUUUUAUUGCUG